AUGUUGAAUGGACUAUCGUCCUCAGCAUCUCAAUGGCGGCAGAUCCAACCCCAAGACCUGAUCCUGAAGCCUGCUUACCACCACGACGCCGGAUCCCCUAUCGAGCUCUGUUGCUUGACCAGGACUGGGUCGACGGCUACAUCCUCAAGCACAGGAACGCCGGAGGAUCCUUUUACCAUUGGGUGGACGCACAGUGGCCCCAAGGAUCCAAUGCAGCGUAGUCCGGCGGUGCGAUGGAUGUGGACGGUCUUGAUUUCCUUUGCCACUUUUAUCGUAGCUCUCGCUAGGAGUGCUUAUACGGCUCCGUCCGCGCAGGUGAUGCAAUCCUUCUCCGCGAGCGAAGAUGUGUUUGAGAUUGGGUUAUCGGCGUUUUAUCCUGGGGUAGGUCCUGUCGUCUGGGGUCCCCUUAGCUCUGCCUCCUUGUUCGAGAAUGCUAAGAACUAA